AUGGCUUCCCAACAACCAUACCGUGAGGAAGUGCUUGACUUGCCUGGACGUUCUCCCAUUCCGCCCCAACUUCACGACCACCACCAAGCAUCAUUCGAAGGGGUCAUAAACUAUGACCAACUACCGCCCCUGGCUGGAGUAGAGCGUUCUCGUGCUCAAGAUGUUUUGUAUCGAGUUGUUCGUCGUGUUGGUGAUGAAGUUGGUAUCAAGGAGGGGUACCACCGCAACUUGCUCAUCCUCCAUUCCUACGAGUUUUCGGCCUCAGAUAUAUCAAAGGAUAUGUUUCUGCGGGUUUUCUUUAAUUUUAUGGGUUUCGAUAUCGACAGUGAUGCAGAUAUUGACACAGACGAUAGCCGGCUCACAGACAAACUCAAGGGUUUCGCAGAUAUGCUCCUCGACCAAUUUUUUAUCCCAUUGAAAGCAAAUGGGAGGAAAACACCACAACCUACGCCAGAUCAAAUUUCUGCCAUCAAAAGCAUUCAAUCACCCCAUGAGAUCAUCGGCACCGUGGAAAGAGUUUCGUAUCUUAGGUCCUUGUGCCUUAUCCGCGACCGUCAUCGUUGUGUUGUUUCUCGAGUUUUUGACAUGCAAGAGGAGCGUCGCCGACUGCGUGAACAGGGACCAGUCGUGAUGGAUGACGAUGGAAAUGUGAUCAAAGUCGAAGAUCCAAGGGAUUUCUUGGAAGUUGCGCACAUACUACCACAUUCCCUUGUAACAGUGGACAAGGACUUGCAGCUUAAUGAUGCAAGAAGGACUGCCAUUAAUAUCUUAAAUAUGUUUGAUUGUGAUGUUGCAAGCCUCAUAGAAGGGCCUUACAUCGAUAGUCCUCGCAAUGCUAUCAGUCUCACACAUGCUUUCCAUAACAUCUUUGGAAAUUUUGAGAUCUAUUUCGAAGCUGUUUCGGGGGAGGAAAAUACCUACCGUAUCGAAAGUAUCGACACUCCAGGUUAUGCUGAACGACUAGGACUACCUGUGACACGGAAACUGUUUCUUAGCGAUGGGAAAACGAUCGACCCCCCAUCUCCUCGAUUACUCGCUCUACACCGGGCAAUAGCUAAAAUUCUGAGUCUCUCGGGCGCGGGGGAGUACAUCGACAAGCUGUUUCGGGACCUUGAAGAAACGGGCGUGCAGGAGGAUGGAUCAACAGAUCUAGGACGUCUUAUUACAUUUAGACUCGGUGGCGGGCAGGAUUAUAUCGUUCAAGCGUACUAG